AUGGGACGUAGUGGUGAUCAAGCAACCCUCGCCGAGGCGCGCAAGAGAUUUGAAGCGCACUGCAAAGGUGAAUCCACCGUCCCGGUAUACUUGAGGGGAGCGGUGUAUAGCACAGUUCUUAGGCAUGGUGUUGUUAACACCUUAAGACUCUGUGGUCAACUGUUGAAAGAAGCUGAUCUGCAUGAAGAGAAAGUCGGAUUGAUGAGAUGGAUGGGAGCUGUAUCACAACCUGAUCUGAUCAAGAAAGUCUUGGAGUUCUCAAUGUCUGUGGGUCUUAUAGCUUCUGCUUUUAAUUCACAUUCAUUUGGGUUCAAAAUCUUGAUGCCUUCAAUGGUGUGAAAGUUUUUUUUUUCUGAAACGUACAAAUCAUUCCACGAUGCAUUUUACCUUCUCAUUUCAAUAGUUUUCCUGAUACAAAACAGUUCAUCUUGGCUAACGUUGCCAGACGCUCUUAGUUACAAAGAUAUCCACUAUUCUUGGCAAAAAGCAAACAAACAAACAUGAAAAAUCACGGGAAUUGAAUGUUAUAAAAAGGCCAACAAAACUAUGUGAAAAGAAGAGGGACUGGUUUCUAAUGUCUCCUUACGGUGUCACUCUUGUAACAAAUGUAAAGGUGAUGAGAAUAACAUACAUGAUCACCAAUUAGUGCGGAUCUUGAUUGUGACACAAAUUCUCCCUGUCAGUAUCCUAGUAAAUGUAUAGCAAGCAGUGUGGAGAAUAUGAAUACUAAUGAUCAGUUAUCAAGGGUCAAGGGCGUGGCAAAUAAGAGCUCGGCAAAAGUUGCUAUAACUGUUAGUGGGUGACCUGUGUUUUCCAGCAUUCACUCCAGGUAGGAGAAAAGGGAGAAAUAAUGCUUGAAUGAAUGAUAACUCUGUGUACUUGCUACUUUUUGUGCCUGACUACAUGAAUUUUAUUUUUUAGUUUUUUUUUACGUUUUUCAGACUGAUGUCUGGUCACAGGAUACGGUUUUCGUUAUCGCUGGUGUAACGGGCAGGUAAGCUUUAGGUAUUUAGUAAAGGGAUCUGUUUAUUAGCUUGAUACUUGAUUAA